CCAUGUCCUUCCCAGCAGGGGGGCUGGAGUCCACCUACAGAAACAACCUGAAGGAUGUGGCCAAGAUGCUGCAGACCAAACAUGGGGACAACUACAUGAUCUUUAAUGUAUCUGAGAAGAGGUACGACAUAUCCAAGCUCAACACCCAGGGAUGUCCUGAUGUGCUGGAUUUCGGCUGGCCGGACCAUCAUGCCCCACCCCUGGAACGGCUCUGCAGCAUCUGUAAGUCCAUGGACUCCUGGCUGAACUCUGACCCCAACCAUGUGGUGGUUGUGCACUGCAAG